UCCCAAGCUCAACCUUCGACAGCCACCCACGUACCGCGAGAUCUCGCGUGAAAGUGCAAAAGCUGCGCACCUCAAAGGAGGAUGGAAAGGAAAAGAAAACUGGCGAGGUUGUAGAUGAGGCUAAGAAGUUGCUGCUGCUGCUGCUGCUGCUGUAUACUAUGUGCGGCCGCACGAGCCAGGGUGGUGACGCGCGGUGGGACGAGCGCUUGCCGCCCCUUGUGGUCGCGUGUCAAGCCAGCCUCGCUCUGGCCAAGCGGCGGUUGACAGCGGCACUUGGUGUUACGCGGCUUCCGGCAGCGCAUCGAACUUCCUUCGCUGGACUCGGCGCUUGAGCAGGACGUGCACCUCGCAGAUUUGCUAUGAGAACGCCAGACGGUGGACAGCUCUGGAACAUUCGCAUCAAGCCGUGGAUGUCAAGCAAACGCUCCAGGCGUGCCCACGCCCUUUUGCCCUCUCGUCUUUGACCUUUUGACCUGCCACUGUCGCUGCUGGAGCCGCGGACGGGGAGGCGAACCUACCUUCAAGCGUAAACAUCGACCGGCGCCACCCGGCAGUGUACAAACAUGGCCGACACAGACCAGCGACAUCGAGUGGUGGUCCUGGGAACGGGCAAGGUUGGCAAGACAUGUAUUCUUCGUCGCUUUCUUUUCAACACAUACAACGAAGACUACAAGGAGACGGUGGAGGACCUGUACUGUCGGGACUACAACGUGCGAGGAUCUUGCAUGAAGGUGGACCUUCUGGACACGGCUGGCAACCUCGCCUUCCCGGCCAUGCGGAGGCUGUCCAUCACCACCGCCCACGCUUUCAUCCUGGUGUACUCCAUCACCAGCCAGCAGUCCUUCGAGGAGAUGAAGAAGCUGUGGACGCAGAUUAAAGAGGAGCGCAGCAACUACCAGGAGCUGCCCUGUGUCAUCGUGGGCUCCAUGACGGACCUGGAGAACAGCCGACAGGUGGAAAAGUUCGACACCCUCAACUGGAUCUACGACGAAGGCUUCUCGGGUGCUUUCGUCGAGGUGUCCGCCAAGGAGGACGAGAACGUGGAGGACAUCUUCCGGCUGCUGCUGGACCAAUCGCGGGGCGGAGCACGAUACAUGGGGCCUUUGAGCAUGCGCAGAAGGAGCGCUAACUCUCUGGACGAGUCGGAACCGGAGAAGUGGGAGGAAUGGGACCACGAUGCCAAGAAUUUCAACCGCAGUCGUAGUCUAGUUCGGCGCGGGUCCAAGCCAAAGGUCAAGAGGGCACGUCGCCAUGACAAAAACGACUGUCGAGUGUCUUGAUCACCCGGAUGGAAAUUUCUGAGGCGGCCUUAGGAGGUGGCUUGCAGUGCCUCCUUCUGCCUAGCCGCAGGGAAGACUCUUGUUCUAUUAUCGAGAACAUGAUGAAUAUUGUUUUCAAAAGUGCGCGCGAAGAUCCUCAGACAUGCAUCAGUGGCUUUUGUCAGCCAUCAGUCAUCGGCUCGUGCCCUGAUAUCAAUCUUCUCGUAACAUUCUGUUGCCGAGACCGCGGUCACUGUCAGCUGCCCUCGAAAACACUCAAAGCUUUCUUUCUUUUUUUUAAUUUUAGUUGAUGCCUUCAUUGAGAACGAUAUGUGACUGUUAUAUGGAAGACACGGUCAAGAACACUGAAUUUUUCUUCGUUUUGGUCAGUGCUUUCAUUUGGAACUAUGUGACUGUUAUGUUAAAUCGUCUGAACUUGAUACCGUGAGGAUUAGAUAGGCGUCUUCUCGUAGGCUGGAGCUGUUGAUUCCACGACACUUCUUAGAGGUCCUGCUGAAUAAAUCAUUCCUUGGGGCUGACAUGUUCAAGCCCCUCCGCGCUGUGAGAAUUGAUGCCAAAAGCCUGCCAAUGCUAAGUCAAGCAACGAACACUUCGGCAGAUGAGUUUGAAAACUUAAUAGAGUCUUUCGUGUCAGGAUUAUCCUCUUAGGUGGGGAAACAUUUGCCAAAGAUAGCACCAAUUAAAAGGAUACAACUUAAGAACUUGCUCUGACGAGAAGAACAAGAAAUCCUCGCAUGGCGACUUCCAUGUCUGUGUUAGUGGUGGUGUCAUGUGCUAGUCACAAACUCUUAGCUUUAGUGUACAAAGUGAGGACUCUUGCCAUUGGUUACUGCUUUGUUUUUAUUGACAUGCAUCCAUCUCAUGAUACUGUUGACUGCUUACAUCGCCUUGUGGAUGUUGGUUGUGUACCAUAGCUAUUAGAUGCUCUUGUUGGUAUAAACAGCUUGUGCCAAGAUGUGCCCGGAAAAUUGUUUCAGAGAAUGUUUUCAGAAGUCUUUUGACGAGGGAAGCUUGCGACAAGCUAUGAUGGAGGGAUAAGCGUCCUUUAGUGCAGAGGGUAGAGGGCAGAGGGCAGAUGGCUGUGGUGGCUAACCAGGUCAGUGUGAUGGUCGUCCCUGACUAUUUCAGGCAGACACUUUCAUAAACACAAAUUUAAUUUCGCUGUACCUGAAGGCAAAGACAAGCGGAAGUAACUAAUUAUCACACAUGAUUGAUUGCGGCCAAUUUCAGCACAAAAACUCCACUCAUACUACCUUUCACCUGGGCUUUAAUAAUGAGAACUUCUCGAUCAGUCAUGCGGUUUUUAUGAUGUAAAUUAUCGUUAGUCAUUCCAGACAAUUCAACUGCAGGAAAAUUGUGAGGCGCAAAAUUGCAUUUAUAAGCUAAAAGCCAGUCAAAUUAGGCGGAAACCUUUGGAAAGAUUCCAAAACCAAUCCCCAGACGAUUGGAGUAGGAGCGAGAUAACAUUUGAAAGCCACCCACAAAUCGACUAUUUCACGGUUAUGAUGCCCCUGAGGAUGCUUUAGAACAGAGUUGUGUUCUCCUGUUGGUUGCUAGACACAAUCAGACCCAGUUGCUUCUACCACCCUCUUCCCUUCUCUUAUUUUUUCGUAUUUAAAUCGUGAUUCCACUUUACGGACACUCUGGUAUUAAUAUUGUCAAUGGAUAUACAUAAUCUGAUUCUCGCCUUUAUUCGUGUGUAGACAAUUCUCUUGCUUAGUUCCCCAGCAGUCUCGGAGACAGACCUUAGGGUAGACAUUAUCAUUCUGUUUUACAAUGUAUGUCCAGAAGGAUAGGAAACAAUGAUAGAGAAGAAUGAUCAUUUGUAUUUUUGGAAUGUACGUUUUGUAGUAAGCGAUGGACUGCUGUUGUUGUUUUUGCUGACGAUUGGAUAAAGCUCACUUUGCCGAAAACAUGAACUACUCUCAAAAAAAACAAUAGGGUGCACGGCGCAUGCGUAGUACUUUAUUUGUAUUUGCACGUCCGUUAUUUUCUCGCCAGUCAGUUAACAUCAACACCUUCUCUGAACUUUUUGUCCCCCAGUCUGUUUUCUUCAGUUUGUUAUCUGUGCCUAACCUCAGUCUGUCCUUCUUUACUUCGGUCUGUUGAUCGUAAUUUCCAGGUGUUCAAUUCCUCUUGAUGUGGACAUUUUGCUGUUUCACUUUAGCAGGCUGCACGUGAGUUUGUUGAUGCUGCCUUGAUAGGGAUAUAAAUAUUUGUGAAAGAUGUCUGUGCACCUGAGAUACAGUCAGAUGACAAUCACCAAAGUCUGGUUCUAAUGUCACCUGCUAGACAGAACUCACUUCUAAAAGGACCGACGAUAAAAGAAACAAUUACGAAGCUUUGUACUUGUUUCUUUUCUUUCUUCAAACUCUUUCUUCCUGUUUAAAAGCCUAUUACAAUAAGACAACAGUAUGUCAGAUUUAUCAAACACGAGUCUACAGGUGACUUGUUAUUGACUUGUUAUUUUCUAAAGUUGUUUUUUCUGAGACACUGGCAGGUUAUUAAAAGUUCCAAAUGUCACAAGAUAAGUUCCCAACGAAUCCCUAGACAGCAUGAGAAGGAAACACAGACGAUGUCAAAGAGAAAUACAAAAAAAGUGUUACUGCUGAAUCCUCUGAUCUCACAUUUUUUUUUCAAUUCGUUUUUCAUUCUUCUUUCUUUCCUUAACCCCAACUUUCUCUUACCCCCGCCCGCUCUCGCUUUUUUUUUAUUCCUUUCUCCCCCUUUCUCUUCAUCUCCCCUUGUGUUCUGCAGACAGGCAGCACACUCCAGACUCUGCACCAAAUUAUAACUGAUUUCUUGCAUGCACGGAACUCACUUUUUUUUUCCUUAACUGAGAAAAUGAAAUCACUAGUCAUCAAUGAGCUGAGAGAUAGUUCCACAAUUUUUUUCUCAAAUUUUAGGAAGCGAUUCCCUGAUUCGUUUACUGACAAAAUGGAGAAACCCUUUAGCUGCACAUGAUGUUGACUGUCGUUGUGGUUGCUGUAUAUACGGCUUUUCAUCGGCUUGGACAUCGUCUGACCAUGUCCUUCACCAUGGUAACACCCUCUCCCUCUUCAUUAGACAUGAAUGUUGCGCACAAUGAUUUUUGUCAAGCCAAUCGCCAGCAAAGAAUGAAAUGUGAUGGAAUAAUGUAACAUGGUAUUCGUUUCACUUUGUCCUGUCUGCCUGCAAAGCUGGCGAGGGUUUAAUUAUCCAUGUUUGGAAGUAAACAAAAGGACAAAGAGCUCCAUGCUCCUCUAACAUCCACAAGUCCUGUAGCAGACCACCAGGCCCCUGCUCUACCCCCGGGGUUGUCAGUGUUCUACACUCCCUUGUACCAGCUCUCCACAUGUCGAGCAAUGUUAUUAAUUUUUCUUGUCAAUUGUUUUCCCAUCAAGGCUGAUUUACUUUUUGAUGUUAGCAAUUUCGUGCUAAAAUGUGUCUAGUGUUCAAAAACCUCCACUUACACCUGAUACUGCUUUUUUUCAACCUAGCAAUUAAUUACGAAUGGGUUUAUUAAUUUUAUUACCUUUGUUAGAUGGUUGGCUGGUUUUUAAUAACUUACUUUUACGGUUUCUGUCGGGUUGCGGAGAUGAAUGUUUUUCAGACACUUUAUAGUCAUUUCCAUUUUUUAGAAAGGUUGUGUGUGGAUUUGUUUUUUAAACUUCUACGAAACAAAACUCGAAUUGUUUCUUACAUAUCUGCUGUACAAAUGCACAAAUUGUAGCCUUUAAAGACUAUACAUGGUUGUACAUUUUUUUUACAUUGCUGUGUAUUCUUCAGCUUUUUACAAACGAUGAUUCUAUUUAACAAUGUUUCACAUUAUUUUUGCUGGAGAGUGGCAUUAUUAUUAUUAUUAUUAUUAUUAUUAUUAUUAUUAUUAUUAUUAUUACUAUUAUUAUUGAGAGACAUUGGAUGCUCACGCUCAGUAGGGAAAUAGUUCUUGUUAAGCUUGCUCGGGUCGUUUUUCAGAUUGUGUUUUGUGGCAAAUGGUGUUUGCAUGAAUGCCGAGACCACGUGUCUUAUCUCGCACUGUACAGGCCUUAAAGUUUCAUUUCAAAGCCA